GUUGCCCCGGUAACCAGGCCUGGGACGCGACAGUAAAUUGGAGCCUCGGAGCGACGCGGUCAUGCAGGCCGACAACCUGCAGCAGCACCUGGACUAUGUAUCAAGUCAGGGGCUAGUACUGAGCCCCGAGCAUAAGGCCGCACUACAGGUCUCGCUGGAGCUUGUCCGCAGAAACUACAAGUUCCACCAGGUUUACUUCUGGGGCAAGGUGCUGGGCCUGAGCGCCGACUACUUCAUCAUACAAGGCGUCGAUCGGGACGAGCUUAAGAGCAGGAAGACCCUUUAUAGUUUUAACUGCAUGGACUGGAAGCUACUUCCCCCAGCCACAGAUGAAAUGAUAGUGAGAUCCAUGCUCAUUAAAGGUCGCUUCAUGGGUGACCCUUCUCAUGAAUACGAGAAAACAGUAGUUAAGAAGGUCAAUGAAGAACAGACUGAUCAGGACAUUGAGGUAAAGGAAGAAGAACGCUUGACAUCCACAAUUGAACUAAUAAACAGAGAAGCUGCAAUCAUUCCCAGGGGUGCAUUUAUUAUGACUCCUCGAGAUGAGGUCCACAUGAACAGGAGCUUUGAAGGUUUAUCAGCAACCGAAGCCGGGAAGCUGAGGUCCUACCUCCACUUUACUAAACCAUCUGAGCUGAAGAAGAAGUCAUUGCUGUUGCAAGCCAAUUUGGAAGAGUCUAUUGAUUUUCUCAAUUCUCUUGAAGAUGACGAAUUAAAAGAGGAGAGCCAUGAACAACUGCAGAAGCAAGAAUUUGAAGCAACAAGUAAUCUGCUGGGUAAACUGAUGUUUUGGACUCUACAGUAUGAGAGAGGCAACAAGCUGGUCAUUCUCCAAAACCUCCUCUGGCCUGGCUUCACUUUCUUCCACGUGCCAGAAACCACUCAGUUCGGCUACCUUUACAUGGGCCUGGGCGAGAAGAACAUGGAUUUUCCUUUCAUGAUAUGAUAGUCCAUUGAAUUCACACAACAACAAAAAUCAAUGACACUUGGUUUAGUUGAGCCUCUCUUGCUUUAAUCUGCAUCGUCAAAUUAUAGAUGAUAUCCACAUUAUUAUUAUGUACACAUUAUAGCAAAGAAAUCUCUGUAUCUAAAUAAAUCUUAUCUGAA